UCAGAUUGUAAGUGAACGCACCAGCAUGUGUACUGUCGCCAUGGAAACGUGAAUCUGUGUAUCUGAAGGAAGAGGCUAACCGCUAGCUGCUAGCUGCUAGCUGCUAACCGCUGACCGCUGAACGUUGUUCUGUGGCCCGUGUUCACAAUGGAGACGCCCGGUGACUCCACAGAAACAGACUUUAUUAAAAUAACUGCAUCGCGCGGAAACAACCUGCAGGGGAAAAAGACGGACAGCUUCCAGAGUUUUCUGCAGGUUGAAGUGGACAGAGUUCUGCUGGGAGAGUCAGACAAGAAGCAGUACGACCCCGUGGAGCAGCGCGUUGACUACAACUUCACCUGCAAAUAUCACUGUCUCCAUGACGCCCAGGCUCUCAGUGACAUGGCCCAUAAACCAAUCAUAUUGACUGUGACUGAGUUCCUGCCUGAGGAGAAGAAAGUUGAAGCCAAGACGGUGGUGCUGGGCCAAGCUGUGGUCGACCUGCUGCCGCUGCUGCACGGUCAGUGCAGCUUCUCAGCCACUGUCCCAUUGAAUCCUGUGACCAGCCCCCCAACCAAGUCUUCCAAGGGGCUACAUAGAGGAGGAAGUGAGUCCAGAGCAGGAAGAGAAAAGUGCAGCCAGCAGUCGACCCUGGAUGUGAGUGUCAGCGUGUCGGCUCCGCUUCUGUCUGAGAUCGAAUUCUCGGCCUCCAACCUGCUGAAGGUAACCAUAGAGACAGCCUUCUCCGUCCCUGAGUCAUGGAUGCUGCCGUCUGGUGCCGCCCCAACUUCCUCCUCGUUCACUGCUGCCCUGGAGGUCCCACUUAUGGCUGAGAAAGAUCAGGCACUGGUGUUUGGUGAUGGGCAGCUGAAGCCAGGGGGGCAGACGGAGGUAAAGGGCAGACAGAAGAAGAGGCCCCAUCAGGCUCUGCUGGCCCCAGGAAACCACUUCAUGCCUGGAGCUUAUUUCCAAGAAGAGCCCAUCGAACAGGAGGACGGAGAGCUGACUGGAUUAGAGGACCGGGAGUUUCGUAAUGAGGCAGAGGCCAUGAAGAGCAGGGUGAGCUGGGACACAGAGAUGUGCUGCUUCCUGGAUGCAGGAGGAAGUGCCAGGCUGCGGCAGAGGAUCACUGAGAGCAGACUGUGGCCAGUGGAGAUCAUGAGGUCGGUGGCUCCUCUUGGAAAGGCAGCAACCAAGCAGAUAGCUGAAGAGAACGCCGAGAUCCUCCUCCACAGUGUGGCCUUUGUGGAUAUGGGCCGGCUGCUGUAUCCCGGUGUCAGCCGCAUCCGAGGAGCGUACAGUGUUCACCCCUUCUCCGAGGCAGAGUUGCUGAACAAGGCGAAGAGGAGUGUCAGUGUGUUAAAGGAACAGGCCAAGGCCGCAGCCCAACAUAACAAACCUCGUGCCAGCUCAGCUGCAAGCUCGCACAAGGCAAAGGCAGGGAAGAAUUUGGAAGGAGGACAGAAGGGAGCCAAGGAUUCAAAGGAGCCAGUCAAAAGGCAACCUGGCAAUCAGUGCCGGACGGCUACAACUGACUCCGAGAGCCUGACCGAGCCUGAGCCGCACGUCAACACAGAGCAAAAUACGUAUGCUGAAGCCAGAACUUACCUCAUUAUUGAGAUAGCCUUGGAGAAACCUCUGGUUCCCAAAACCUCUCCAGAGGAACUGUCCAGGAGGGUGAAGGCACUGAUCCCACCCAGACCUCGACCUCCAGUGGGUCCUAGCAGAGCAGAAAAAGCUGUGCUCAACUUCCACAGGCAGGUAGGCAACACGGUGACCCAAGUCUCAGACCAGUAUAGGGAAUUAUUUGGAGCAACAUGCAAACCAUCAGACGACUGCAGCCGGGAGCAAGAGACAGUUCAGCUGAUGGGAGCGCUCAACGUCUCUGGGAGAUACUUCUCCUUCAAGGAGCAGAUGAAGCAUGCAGUGGUGAGGCUUGUACGUGACAAGAUGCGGAGGACAGAUCCAUUCACUGACCCUCAGGAUCUAAAGGCUUUUGUUAGUGAGCUCUAUGUCUAUCUGGUGGAUGAGACGCACAUCGCUCUCAACAAGAUUUAUUCAGAAGACGUUGAUGAUGAUUCCACAGAUGAAAUCCAGCUGAGUUCUUCUCAGCUCAGACAUUUUGCAAAAGAAGCGGAGCUCACCGGAGAUUAUCAGCAGGCUGAUCGUUACUACCAAGAGCUCGUGGUGAGGAACCCCAGUGAGCCCUCCCUCAGAUUUGAGUGGGGGAGUCUCCACAUGCUGACUGGAGACCACAUGAAGGCUAAAGAGUGUUUCCAUGAUGCUGUAUCCAUCCAGCAGACACAUCAGCCCAGCCUCAUGAUGUGUGGCGUGUUGGCAGCAACAUCUGAACGUUACAAGGAGGCCCAGACCUUCCUGGAGCGGGCGGCGAACGUAGACCCUCCCAGUACGAUGGCCUGGACGCUGCUGGGUUUGUUCCAUGAGGGGCAGAAUGAAUCCAUCCUGGCUCAGAGGGCUUUUCUGGAGGCCAGGAAGCAGCUGAUUGCAGACAAAGCAAAGAAGCGAGCAGAAGCAGAGGAGGAGAAAAAGAAAGGCAGAGACCUGAAAAACCAGGAGGUGGAGGAAGUGGAGACAGCCCCUCCUGUGUGUCAGUCUCCUGAUGUUAAUCAAAAGUUCAGUGACCAGGACUCAGAGAUGCACAAAGAGCCUUCGGCACAAAGUGUCGGCUGCAGAUCUACUCAACCAAAACGUUCCCCCACCAUUUACAUGGAGGCUGUGAAGUUCCUGGUGCAGAACACUGCACUGCAGAUGGCGGAGCGUGCUCUGUCCCAGGAGCUCCUGUGUUCAGAAGGUGGUCGCAGCGUCUCCUUCCUCCGACUUCUGGCCCAGCUGCAUCUGCUCAAAGCUGACUACUGCGGUGCUGCUGCAGCCCUCAGGGAGGCGCUGUUUCACAGAGAUCAGGACGCAGACACAUGGGCUCUGAAUGGUCACUGUCACUACCUGCGAGGGGCAUUCACUGACGCCCAGGAGAGUUAUGAGUGGAGCCUGAACUUCCUGCAGCAGCCGUCAGACUCUCACCUUGUCCUCCUCCGCUUGGGAUCCAUCUACCUCCUGCAGGAGAAGUUUGAAAAAGCCAAAGAGGUCUACCUGCAGGCGUGUGAACAGUCCCCCUCCUGCCUGACCUGGCUGGGUCUGGGCACCGCCUUGUACCGGUUGGAGAAUCUGUCUGUAGCUGAGGAGGCUUUGACCGAGGCCAACCAUUUAAACAACCAGAAUGCAGAGGUGUGGGCCUUCCUGUCUCUUAUCUGCCUCAGGACCGGCAGACGAGAGGAAGCGGAGCAGUUUCACAAGUUUGCAUUGAGGUGGAACCUGCAGCAGGAGUUGCUCCUCACAGAGUUCAGUGAGCUGAGGGAUCAGCUCCGCUUCAGUCAGCUGGCUUCAUGCUCUGGAGCAAACUCUGACACAGGAUUGUGAUAACAUAACGCACAUGUACACUGUUUGUAUUUUAACACUUUAUUUUGCGAAUGAAACACACACAGAGUAAUUUAGACAAG